AUGUUGCGCUCAUCCAUCGGACUGGGCAGGGCCCGAGGUCCAGCUUUGCGCCAACCAUUGUCGAGCCACUUUCUCAAGUCGAACUCUGCAAUCAAUGUCGCUCGUACAACAAGAGCAAACUCUACUGUCACAAACCUUGACAACUUUCCCGGAAUUGGCGAGAAGCUUCACGGAUUCACCGUUCGCGAGAAGAAGCAUGUCCCAGAGCUGCAUCUCACCGCAGUUCGGUUAACUCACGACAAGACCGAUGCCGACUACUUGCACGUCGCUAGAGAUGACAAGAACAAUGUCUUCGGUAUUGGUUUCAAGACAAACCCGCCUGAUGCGACAGGCGUACCUCAUAUUCUAGAACACACCACAUUAUGCGGAAGCGAAAAAUACCCGAUUCGUGACCCAUUCUUCAAGAUGCUUCCGCGUUCGCUUUCAAACUUCAUGAAUGCCUUCACCUCCUCCGACCACACCACAUACCCCUUCGCUACAACCAACCCCCAAGAUUUCCAAAAUCUUUUGUCUGUGUAUCUUGAUGCCACCCUGCACCCCCUUCUCAAGAGCGAUGAUUUCAGACAGGAGGGAUGGCGUUUGGGCCCCGAGGACCCCCGCGCCCUUCUGAACACACCUGAGCAGAAGGCCAAGCUGGAGGACAUUGUAUUCAAAGGAGUUGUGUACAACGAGAUGAAGGGUCAGAUGUCCGACGCCAACUAUCUGUACUACAUUCAAUUCAAGGAGAGCAUCUUCCCCGCGAUGAACAAUUCAGGAGGCGAUCCCGAGUACAUCACCGAUCUCACCCACAAGCAGCUAUACGACUUUUCCAAGCGCAAUUACCACCCAAGCAAUUCCAAGAUAUUGACUUACGGCGAUAUGCCGUUGGCCGAUCACCUGGAACAGAUUGGUACUGUUUUGGACGGAUUUGAACUAGGACAGGCUGAUAAUGAUGUGAAACUUCCUCUGGAUCUCAACAAGCCGGUGGAAGUGACUGUCUCCGGACCGAUCGACACAUUCUCCAGCGAAGACAAGCAACAUAAGACCUCGACCUCCUGGUACAUGGGAGACUCGACUGAUACCGUGGAGACAUUCUCCGUCGGAAUCAUCUCUUCACUUUUCUUGGAUGGUUAUGGUUCGCCCAUGUACCGGGCCCUCAUUGAAAGUGGUCUUGGAUCUUCCUUUACUCCCAACACUGGGCUGGAUGCGUCCGGCAAGGUCCCAAUCUUUUCGGUUGGUGUGACUGGCGUUGGCGCAGAAGAGGCUCCCAAGAUCAAGCAGGUUAUUCAGGAUGCCUUCCGAGAGUCCGUUUCGGCCGGAUUCAGCGACGAGAAGGUACGUGGUUUCCUGCACCAACUAGAGCUUGCGCUGCGACACAAGACUGCGAACUUCGGUAUCGGAGUUAUGCAGAAGACCAUUGCCUCUUGGUUCAAUGGUUCCAACCCAAUGCAGGAGCUGGCCUGGAACGAUGUCAUUGAGGAAUUCAAGAGAAGGUAUGCGACACCUGGCUAUCUGGAAUCUCUUGUUGAGAAGUACCUCUUGAACGAUCGCUCUAUGACCUUCACCAUGGUCGGCUCCCCGACCUUCAACAAGGAAUUGGAUGAUAAGGAAGCUAUCCGCAAGGACCAGAAGCUUGCCAAGCUUAUUGAGGAACAUGGCUCAGUCGAGAAUGCCGUCGCCAAAUUGACCGAAGAGGAGCUGCAGCUGUUGAAGGUGCAGGAGGACGCCCAGAAUGCGGAUCUAAGCUGUCUCCCAUCGGUACGGGUCAAGGAUAUUUCUCGCCAAAAGGAACGGAAGCUUGUUCGCGAGUCCAAGGUCGACGGUGUCGAUGUUGUUUGGCGCGAGGCUCCUACCAAUGGUCUGACCUACUUCCAGGCUGUCAAUACCUUCGAGGGAUUGCCAGCCGAUCUUCGUCUCCUGAUGCCCUUGUUCAAUGACUGUAUCAUGCGACUGGGCACUGCGAACAGAUCCAUGGAAGAAUGGGAAGAUCUCAUCAAAUUGAAGACAGGCGGCAUCUCGACCUCUGACUUCAACGUGUCAUCAGCAACCCAGUUGAACCAAUUCAAGGAGGGUCUUGACUUCUCUGGAUAUGCCAUUGACAAGAACAUUCCUGAGAUGUUGGAAAUGCUCUCCACUUUGGUGACCGAAACCAACUUCUCUAGCCCUGGAGCACCAGCUAUGAUCCAAGAGUUGUUACGAUUGACCACAAAUGGCGCUCUCGAUUCCAUUGCCGGAACCGGUCAUCGCUAUGCCGUCAAUGCUGCAGCUGCCAGCAUCUCGCAAAACCUGUGGGUGCAAGAGCAGCAGUCCGGUCUUGAGCAGCUGCAGGCCACUGCCAACCUUUUGCGUGACGCAGAGUCGUCCCCUGAGCGCCUUCAGGAGUUGAUUGAGAAGCUACGUCUUAUUCAAUCAUUUGCAAUCUCGAAAAACUCGAACCUUCGUGUUCGCAUGGUUUGUGAAGCUGAAAGUGCCUCACGUAAUGAGUCUGUACUGCAAAAGUGGAUGGCUGGUCUCCCUCGGGUGCCUUCACCUCAGUCGAGCGCCUCCACAGCUGGUUUCCAGCCGUUUGAAAAGGCUUUCUACGACAUGCCAUACAAGGUCUACUAUUCUGGACAAGUGUCACAGACUGUACCAUUUGUCGACCCCGCUAGCGCUCCACUCACAGUGAUGUCACAACUUCUCACUCACAACUACUUACACCCUGAAAUUCGUGAGAAGGGUGGCGCAUAUGGCGCCGGAGCCAGCAACGCCCCUCUCAAGGGUAUCUUCUCCUUCAUGAGCUACCGCGAUCCCAACCCUACAAACACACUGAAGGUGUUCCAGAACAGUGGUAUCUUUGCCAGAGACCGCGUGUGGUCCGAACGUGAGAUCGAAGAGGCCAAGCUCGGUAUCUUCCAGGGCCUCGACGCCCCAGUCAGUGUCGAUAGUGAGGGAUCUCGUUACUUCCUGAGCGGUGUCACCCAUGAGAUGGACCAGCGCUGGCGAGAGCAAGUCCUUGACGUGACCGCCAAGGACGUGAACGAAGUUGCCGAUCGAUUCCUGGUGAACGGCUCUCGAAGCGCAACGUGUGUGCUCGGCGAGAAGAAAGACUGGGCUGGCCCUGAGUGGGAUUUGCGCAAGCUGUCCAUGGGUCAGUCAGAAACCUCUGAGUAG